AUGAACGCCCAGAUAUCGUUUCUGGAAGGGACCUUCAGCCUAAUACAUAUCCCGUUGGACCUCUACCCGACCUUUCUGCAGCCCAUACUACAAGUCCUCCUCCCCCAGGGCGGAGACGACUCCUUGGCCAAUGAGGUCGAGGGCCUCAGCAUCGACAACAAGCAUGGCUUUCUCAACAUCAGCAUCACGCCCGUCGAGUGCUCGGUCGUGUGCCACUCCAGCUGGGCCAAGAACGUCUUCGAGCCAGUCAUCAAGAGCCUGCCCCGGGACGUCUCCAGGCCAGUCACCAUAUCCAAGGACACCUACCUGAUCCUCUCCGUCGAAUAUGGAGCCAUGGAUGCCGGCAGUCGCAUGAUGGAGCUGACGUCACCACUGGCACUCGCCGGCAUCCCCAUCUUCUUCAUUACGACGUACUACUCGGAUUUCAUCCUCGUGCCCAGCAAGGACCGGCACACCGUGGUGAAGGCGCUGCUGGCGCGCGACUUCGAGUUCAUCGAGGAUGAGUCGGCCUUCGUAUCGCCCACGGCGCUCUCGCACAGCCGCGGCAAGAGCGAGAGCAGCGAUCCGCCCUCGACACCACCGCCGUCCAGCGUCGCCGAACUGCAGGUUCGCACCUUCGAAUUGCUGAAGAAGCGGAACGUGGUGCCUUACAUCAGCUCCGGGCUGAGUCUCGUGCAGUGUGCCGGCCGCGACGCCUCGGAGCUGAUCGACUAUAGCCGGCGCCCCGGAUCGAGCCGGCAGCCGAUGGGGAAUGGGCACCGGAACAGUUGGCUCGACCAUGUGGAUACGAAAUUAUACACCAGUCUGAUAUCUGUGCUGGCGAUGCAGCCCCGUUUCUUGUCUAUCACGCUCGCGCUGGAAGACCCGCCAUCGUUGUUGCUGGACAGGACCUUGCUCAACGCAUUCGGCGACUCCCUCGUCGGCGACCUGGAAGGCGACCUCGUGCCCAUCUUCCUCGACCUCGAGAACCUGCCCCUCGAGGCUACGGGUAUCGUAUCGGGCGUCGCGGGCAAGCUGGUCGACGAGAUGCGCAUGACGGAAACCGGUGUUGGUGGGGAGCUGUCGUAUCUAUCCACGGCCCGGGCUGGUGCGGUCAUCCUCUCGAACGAACAGUCUAUGAAGGCGAUGGAGGUGCUCAAACCUCUUCUCGAGAAAGAGUGA